AUGAGCUCCCCCCACUGGAAGGGACAAUCUCGCGUCUUGAAAGUCUGCCAUUGGUGCGCAAAGAAGCAAGAGCCCGGGAAAAAGCCGUUUCAAGCCUGUGGCAAAUGUAAAGAGGUCAUCUAUUGUAGCAGGGAAUGCCAGGUUGCAAGCUGGCCGCUUCACAAGGCACCAUGCAAAAUUAGCUCAGACGCCAAAACCGCUGCUGCCGACCCUGCUGCAGCGACGGCAGUAGCUAAUUUCAAGAAAUGGCAUUCCUCCCACCUCCCACCCCUUCGCCAAGCAGCUAUUUGUGCGCUGGACCUCGGUCAUAAACCCACCGUUUUGGACGACAAUCUUCUUUUUAUUGAUAUUAAACUCAAGUUUGGCCACAAGGAUUUACCUCCGAAUCGGCGCUAUGAACCCGUUGGUGGAUUUUCCAUGACGAUGGCUGAAGUACGGGAAGUAUUCGGAAAUAUGGGAGUGGGGACCAUUCUAGACAGCUUCAAAGACGUAAACGAUCAUAUGCGAAAGAAGGGAGGACUCGGAGUUGUUGCUGUAAUGCUGCGUGCCCACGACAUCGUCGACAUUGUCAAAAUAAUCCUACCUUCUCGAGCCAGCACCAAGGCUGCACAAGAGGUAGAUGAUUGGGGUAAAGACUGGCUAGAGAAACUGCGCCUUGCAGUCGAGAUUGAUUGA